AUGAUAUCAUAUGGCUACACUGCCAGCAAAAUCGGUUUGUCUGACACCGACGGUGACGCCCACGAAGUGACUCCACUUAAAGAUAGUGUCGAUAAUGAAUAUACAUGUAAAGGCGAUGAAUUGCAUGCCUAUCCCUCCUCUCCUGCUUCUGAUAACUCAAUGAACACCAAUCACUUUGUCGGCAGUUCCAGCGAUUCCAACGAUAAUCGAGUUUACAGUCUUUUAUUGAUUGUAUUGGACUCACUGUUUGUCGCAUUGGAGGACAAGUUGGCGGCGGCGGACAUCACAUCAAUUGUUGUGUGUUCUGUCAUAUUUGUCAUUACAAUCAUAACCAUUGUUGCCUUACAAUCACAGCCCUCUUCGGCCAAAAGGAUAUCGUUUCAGGUACCACUCGUUCCAUGGGUUCCCUUCUUGAGCGUUUUCGUGAACUUCUAUCUAAUGCUAAAACUCUCGACAAUGACUUGGAUUCGGUUCUCUGUGUGGAUGUUCAUCGGGCUAAGCAUUUAUAUUCUG